AAGAGCUGCACAGUCAGGGUUGCUUCAUACGUGAGGCCUUUGUGCAAUGACCGGUCUGACUGAUUUCCUGCAGCUAUCCUGGUGGACUGAUGGAGGAUGCAACACAGCAAAAGGCUUUUUAAACAUUCAAAGGGACUGAAAACUGACAGCUAAAUAACCUGGGAAGUGGCGGCCUCAUAAAGAAGGCGACCGCGAACAGUCAUGGGAUGUGGCGUCACAAAGUCCAACCAUUUCCACAAACACACAACCAGUGGAAAAGCGGUUACAACCAUAAGAGCUGCUAUCCUGAUCCAGCGAUGGUACCGUCAGUACGUUGCCCGCACAGAGAUGAGACGCAGAUACACCUGGCACGUCUUCCAGUCCAUCGAAUACUCCGGAGAACAGGCCCAGAUAAAGCUUUAUAAUUUCCUCGGCUACCUCAUGGACAAUUUCACACCAUCGAGCAACGAACGAAAUUUGAUUUCACACAUCUUCAGGGAGAACGAGGUCUGCCGAGACACAGAGUGGGAGAGGUACUUCUGCUUCAAGAACAUCGAGGUACCGGAGAUUUACUCCGGCCCUCACCUCACCUUUCCUCUGACGGUCGAGGAGGCCGUUGGUCUGGUGGAGGCUUUCAGGAACAAGAAACAGCUGCAUUCCCGCUACGUCCUUCAGCUCCUCCUGGAGACGUGGAAACUGCUCCGCCUGUUGCCAAAUAUCAACCGCAUCUCCACCUGCCACAGCAAAGAAAUCACCAUUUGUGGGGAUUUGCACGGACAGCUGGAAGACCUGCUGCUGAUUUUCUACAAGAAUGGCAUGCCGUCCUUGGAGAAGCCCUACGUGUUUAAUGGAGACUUUGUGGACCGAGGCAGAGACUCUAUUGAGAUCCUCCUCAUCCUGUUUGCGUUCCUGCUCGUUUAUCCGAGUGACAUCUACCUCAACAGAGGAAACCACGAGGACCACAUAGUCAACCUCAGGUACGGCUUCACCAAGGAGGUCCUGAGUAAGUACAAGAUGCACGGGAAGAGGAUCCUGAAGCUGCUGCAGAAGAUUUUCAGCUGGUUGCCUCUAGCAACAGUGAUCGACCAGAAGGUGCUGAUCCUCCACGGAGGGAUCUCCGACUCCACGGACCUCGGCGUCCUCGCCAGACUUGACAGACACAAUUACGUCUCAGCUCUGAGGCCUCCGAAGAAGAGACACCACAGCUCGGCGGGGAUGUCCAUCGACUCGGACACAGACGUGGACGCUUCGACCGCCAGCAGGGUCUUCCAGCGUCGCGCCUCCUUCACGUAUCCCAAACCCCUGGGAGCCCGAGAUUGCUUCCACAAUCGCUCGCUGCAGGACUUCUCGGACCGAAUCAGAGUGAACGUGGAGAACCCGCUGGAGGUCAAGAGGAGGGAAGAGCUGACUUUGAACGCACAGAUCAACAAGUCAGAACAGGAUUCUCUGUUCUUGUCCACUGAAUCUGUCAGCAGCGACACCACCAAGGAUGAGUGGAAACUGAUCCUGGACCUGCUGUGGAGCGAUCCGAUGGCUCAGGACGGCUGCAUACCCAACGAGGUGAGGGGUGGAGGCUGCUACUGGGGGCCUGAUGUCACAGAGGACUUCCUGAACAGACACAACCUGCAGCUCAUCAUUCGCUCCCACGAGUGCAAGCAGGAGGGCUAUGAGUUCUGCCACAACCGUAAGGUCCUCACUCUGUUUUCUGCCUCUAAUUACUACGACGUGGGGAGCAACAGGGGGGCCUACGUGAAGCUGGGCCCUGACCUUGUGCCUUAUUUGAUCCAGUACCAAGCCAGCAGCAUGACCAGAGAGCUCACGGUGAAACAAAGUGUCGGGCGAACCGAGCGCUCGGCUCUCAGGGUCCUGCGGGAGCAGCUGUUUGCGCACAAGUCUGACCUCCUCUGUGCCUUCAAAAAGUUUGACAGCGAGAACACAGGUCUGGUGUCUCUGAACAACUGGGCCUCUGCGGUGGAGAAUGUGAUGCACCUCGAUCUGCCCUGGAGGAUGCUUCGCUGUCAGCUGGUCACCUGCAAGAACAGCGAAGGCAUGAUAAACUACUACGAUUGGUUCAACGAGCUCGCCAUCGCAGGAACCAAUACAGACCACAUUGACCAGAGUCUGCUGGAAACGUUGUACCGCCACCGGUCAACUUUGGAGACCAUCUUCAGGAUUGUAGACACAGAUAACUCAGGAUUCAUCAGCAUGGAGAACUUCCGGCAGACCUGGAAGCUGUUGAGCGUCUACCUAAAGAUGGAGAUCACUGACGAGGCCAUCUCCGACCUGGCCAUCGCCAUCGACAGCAACCACGACGGCAGCAUCGACAUCGAUGAGUUCAUGGAGGCUUUUCGGCUCACAGACAAGAAGAGCCGGCUGGAACGAGGACGCAGUAUGUUCAUGGGCACGGCCUCAGACCUCACCAAGCUGGAGGGAGAUCCCAAUGUGUGAUCAAAAAGAGCGUUGGAGGGGGCGGAGAAGGAGAUGCGGCCAACGCAAGCUGCUUUAAUGACGCACAUGAAGAUGCAGGAUGAUGCUGAGCAACAGCCGAGUGGAUCACACGGGAUUAGGAGGAGGUUAGAGAUCAGGGUAUCUGACAGCGAAUGCUCAUUUGAAGCUGAGGAAGCACAGCCGCUUGAAAAACACGUCUAUUUUAUUAUUAAAAUAAUCUAAAACCUGACAAACGAAAAGGCAUCAUAUAUAAAAUAACAACACUAGAUUCACUUAUAAUGAUUAUAUGCAUUUUAUAUUUCUUGAAUACAUUUUUAAUAGCUGAAAAUGUGACUAAUGUGAAGUCAUUUCUACAUAAAAAGAUGCUAGCACUCCAGAUGUGUUAAAAUGGACAGUGUAGUGAUCGCAGUCAGACAAUGAUCCGCAAAUAAAACUCAGUCCAAGAGCAUUGUAAUGAGAGGGAGCACAGAAAUGUGAAUACUUCAAAUAUAUGAAGAAAUAUGUUAAACAUAUAUUAAAAAAAAAUACUUGCCAAAGGUUUUUGGGAGGUAUGUUUUGCAUUAUAUAUUCAUAUUUGUCAUUAUUUUUAUCUAGACCCCAGUGUUUUGGGGUUUUUUGUGAAUUUGUUGGCUUUGUUGAACCCGUAUUUCAAGAAGAGGGAGGAACAUGAGGUAUAAGAGUGGAGGAAGGUGCACACAGGUGGACUACAUCUUAUACAGAAGGUCUCCUAUGCAAAGACGUGGGACACUCCAAGGUGGUGUCACGGCAGAAUGUACACUCAACAAAAAUAUAAACGCACAAACCCAAAAGGUUAAGUUAAAAUGACCUUUCCCUUAACAUGCCCACGCACUCCGGGAGGAAUGGGACGACAUCCUACAGGCCACUAUUGACAGUCUGGUGAUGUUUAUGCACCGCAGCUCGUGGACACAGUUGGUACUGAGUGUGUCCACUCUGAUCGGUCACCACGCUGUGUUCGCUUUGCAAUAACACAUGGACUGUUGCAUAAGCAUCUGAAACACUGGUUGCUAUUGAAGCCUGAAAUGAUACUGAGUGUAUAUAUAAAUGCUUAUGCAUUCUUGAUUAGUGAUGAGAUGAAAUAGGGAUUCGUUUUGUGUGAUUAUAUUUUUGUUGAGAGUAGCUAGACAGCACUGGAUGGCAGCCUGUAGGAUGUGCUUGGAAAUCGAGUGAAGGCAGAAGCAAGGAUUAAACGGUGGAAGCUGAAGAAGAAAGAAUGCUGCGCAGAGUUCAGUGAGGGGAUGAGAGAGGAUCUGGAUGGUAGGGAAGAGUUACCAGAUGACUGGGACAGUACAGCUGAGAGAAACUGCUAAGAAGGUGUUUGGUGUUUGGACAGAGGAAGGAGCUAAGAGAGGUGGCAAAGGAAAAGGCUUAUAGUGAGAUAUAUGUGAGGCCAGACACUAAGGAAGGAGAAAACAACUUGUAUCGAUUGGCUAAGCAGAGAUCAAGCUGGAAAGGAUGUGCAGCAGGUUAGAGGUGGAGAUGUACUUACAAGUGAAGAUAUUGUGUUGAGAAGGAGUACUCUGAGGAACUGAUGAAGAAAAUGAGAGGGAAGAAUAGAUGGAGGAAAUAUAAUGAAUCAGAAAGUGCAGAGGGCAAUGUGAAGAGGAUGAAGACUGGAAAUGUGGUUUGUCCAGAUGGCAUACCUGUGGAGGUGACUGGGAAACAGGGCAGUGGCCUUUUUUGACCAAAAUGUUUAACACAAUCUUUGUGAGAGGAUGCUUGAGGAAUGGAGAAGAAGUGUACUGGGACCGAUUUUCAAGAGCAAGAGUGAUGUGCAGAGCUGUAGUGAUGACAGAGGGGUAAAGUUGAUGAGCCAUACCAUGAAACUUUGGGCAAGAGUUGUUGAAGCUAGGAUUAAGGAGAGGCAACCAUCACUGAGCAGCAGCAUAGCUUCAUGCCGAGAAAGAGCUCUACAGAUGUGACAUUUGCUUUGAGAGUGUUAACAGAGAAGUAUAUAGAAGGUCAGAAAGAGUUGCACCUACUGUAGGAGAUAUCAAGGAGAACAUUUUUAAAUUUUGGGUCCACUUGCUGUGGAAACGCUGCUUGAAUGUUACUGGUGCCUUAAGCAGUUGCAGCAUUUGAAGUAAAGUGUAGUGUGGACUGAUUGUUUUCUGUCAGCGCAGCAAACGAGUCUUCAACUUGGCCAGAAUCGUGAACUCAUGAUUUCAUUCAUUUGACUUAAAAGAUGUUCAUCUACCUCCAGUCUCUGAGGUUUAAACGGUGUAGGUUGAGAAUUUGGGAAAUAUGCUGAUUAUGUUUGCUUAGCUGAGCAUAAAGACAGGAAACAGUAAGAAACAGCUCACCUGACUUCAUUGCUAUAUGGUCACAGAAUAACCAGUUACUAACAUUACUAACAUUAUAUUAAAGACAAGGUAAUGUUAUUACAUUACAUUAUAGUUUGGCACGGCACUCAAAAAAUCCUGAAUCGAAUUUUGAAUUACAGGAAACCUGCAGCAGUAAACAUGGUGGUAAGAUUUUAACAUCUUUCCCUGUUUCCAGUCUUUAUGCUGAGCUGAGUAUCUGCAGAGUAGUAUUUAAAUGGUUGAUGAUUUAACACUAAAAUCAACAUUUUCCCAGAAUGUUGACUUGUUCCUUCAAGACGUGAUAAAUAUUUUUAGUUGUAUCUGUUGUAUAAAGUUUCCACAUUAUUGAGUAUCACUUAUUGCAACAAAAAAAGUCAGUGAGUCUGCAUGAAUGUGAAUUUUACUGUUUUUCUGACAUGUUAAACAUGUGAAACCUUUACUGUAAGUACAUCUGACAGUCAAUUGAACUGGUUUAAUUAAAGUAGCCUGUGUUUA